CCAAUUAUCAGUUUUAAUAUUACCAAAUCCAAGACUGUGGUCUGCACUUUGGACCAGAAGUCUUUAAGUUCAUCAAAUGCCUGAAUUUUUUAACUCUUUGGCAAGCAUUGCUUCUCUAGUACAUGAUACACCACUAAUGAUAACGUCAAGCUUGUUUUAGAGGCGGUAUAAUUAACAUACUGUGGGAGCAGAGGAGAGAAUGGGAUCAGUGCUGACUGGUGGGCUCUAGAAAGGCUUAGUGAAAAAGUAGGUUUGGAAAGUCCAAAUCCUCCAAAUUUGGGGAAGAGUGGUACCAAGAAGGAACAUGAUGAUAGAAGAUAGAAGACUGGUAAAGUAUAAGAGAUGUUUGAAGAACUGAGUUGUUUGAGAGAUCAAUAGGAAGGAAGUAAGGGGCUUUUGGAAGAAAAACAUUGGUAAAAUGUUCUGAAGCCAAAGGGUAGCAGUCUUGAGUGCUGAGAAUUUUAAAUGUUAUUUUGUAGGCAGUGGGUACCUAGUUCUCCUUGAACAAGGCAUGAAGUGAUCAAGUCUAGUUUUAUAAGGAUAAUUUAGUGGUUGUGUGGAAUUUGCUUUGAUGAACUGGGUGGUUUAGAGAAGAAAUGUGGAGGAUUCAUUUAUUCUUGUGGCAUUGUCCAUCUAACAUGAAGUUACAAUGUAGGCCUGGAACUCAGCAGAGAGACCAGGAUUUAAGAUUUAGAUUAGAUUUGUGAUUUAUUAGAGUCAAGAGUUAAGUUCAGGCCUUGCAGACGCCGCCACCCCGGAGCCUUCCUUGCUGUCUAGCCAUGGUCAACCCCACUGUGUUCUUCGACAUCGCUGUCGAUGGUGAGCCCUUGGGCCGCAUCUCUUUUGAACUGUUUGCAGACAAAGUUCCAAAGACAGCAGAAAACUUUCGUGCUCUGAGCACUGUGGAGAAAGGAUUUGGUUAUAAAGUUUCCCGCUUUCACAGAAUAAUUCCGGGAUUUAUGUGCCAGGGUGGUGACUUCACACGCCAUAAUGGUACUGGUGGCAAGUCCAUCUAUGGAGAGAAAUUUGAUGAUGAGAAUUUCAUCCUGAAGCAUACAGGUCCUGGCAUCUUGUCCAUGGCAAAUGCUGGCCCCAAUACAAACGGUUCGCAGUUUUGCAUCUGCACUGCCAAGACUGAGUGGUUGGUUGGCAAGCAUGUGGUCUUUGGCAAGGUGAAAGAGGGCAUGAAUACUGUGGAAGCCAUGGAGCGCUCUGGGUCCAGGAAUGGCAAGACCAGCAAGAAGAUCACCAUUGCUGACUGUGGACAAAUCUAAUAAAUUACUUGUGUUUUACUUAACCACCAGACCAUUCCUCUGUAGCCCAGGAGAGCACCCCUUCACCCCCGUCUGCUCGAAA